GUUGCUCGUGAAACACGACCAAAAUACUGCGCCGUAAUUUGGGGAUAACGUGAGAGUCUAAUCAGCAAGAUGGUGGUGGUUAAGAACCUGCAGAGCAUAACCGUGCCCGAUUACCUUACCGAAGAGUUCUUCAUUCAAACGCUCGAGGAGGGCUUGCAUGAAAUGAAAAUAACACUACACGAAGUCAAUUUCGAAUGGGGCAGCAAUCCAGGUGACAAUUACUGCUCGGCAAUCUAUCGUGUGCUCGUGAGCUUCACGCGUUGGGCCGAAGGAAAACCAUUGGAUCACAAAGAACAACGAUCGUUGAUUGUGAAAACCAUACCCAUUACGCCCGACACACAGUUUCUGGAAGAUGUCAAAGUAUUCAUGAAAGAGAAGCAGACAUACACCAGCGUGCUGCCUCGGUUGGAGGUCUUGAGCAAUGGCGACAAGUUCGGUGCAAGCUACUACUACGCAAUCAAAGAGCCCAUUCAAACCAUCGUCUUUAAUGACUUGAAAGUGGACGGGUAUAAAGUGGCAUCGCGUGUGGACGGCUUAGAUUGGGCGCAUGGCUCAUUAAUUCUACAACAACUGGGCAAAUUUCAUGCCACCUCAAUGGUCCUGGCCAAGAAGGACCCCACAAUUGUUGGCCAAUAUGCCAAAGGUAUGCUGAGCGAGGAAACCGUAAAGAUGAGUGAUUGCUUCGAGAACAUGUUCGGUGGCUUCUUGGAGUACCUCGUAAAAACGUCGGCCAAAUGGCCGGGCUACGAACACAUCUCUAAGCAUUUGCAGCGAUUUAAGGAUAAUUUCAGGGAUGUGUGUGUAGCCGCAUCCAAGCCAAAGCCGGGCGACCGUUAUGUGGUCCUAAACCACGGAGACAUGUGGACCAAUAACUUUAUGUACGCCUACGACGACAGCUCUCAAACAGAGGUGCCCACACGCGCCAUUUUUGUGGACUUCCAGAUCAGUUUUUACGGUAGUCCUGCCUGUGACUUGAACUUCUUCCUGAACACCAGCUUAAAGCUGGAGUUAGUCCAGCAACGUCGCGAGGAACUUAUCAAAGUAUACUACAAAGCCUUUAGAGACACAUUAGAAUAUGCGCGAUUCGAAAAAAUACCUAGCUAUGAGGAUCUGCUCUAUGAGCUGCGUAGUCGAGAGACCUAUGGCCUGUUUGGACUUUUCGCAUUCUUGCCGAUGAUCACGAUGCCCAAAGAGCUGUCACAGGACAACAGCAUUGAGAACAUGAACAAUCCAGAGUUUAAGCGAAAAAAGUUCGAAGCAAUUUUCGCACAAAAAACUCUCAACGACUAUCACAAAUGGGCGCUAAAGCGCGCUGAGGAAGUGGGCGUAUUCAACGAUUACUAGGGGAACAAAUGGGAUUGAGAUUUGUGAUACAAUUAUCCAAUGAUUUGUAAAUAUAUACAUUAAAGUUAAGAGGUAUUAAAAUGUUAAUUCAAAAUAUCCCAUUCAAUAAUAGGAACAUUUGAACUUGCAAUACUAAAUUACA